AUGGGUACUUCAACCCAAAAGGAGGAGGUGCCUAGGGCACGAGCCAGGGCUUUUCAAAUCUCAGCAGAGGAGGCAUUGAAGGAACCGGACGUCAUAACAAGUAUUUUCCUUCUCAAUAAAAGACCUGCAUGUAUUUUAUUUGACUCGGGAGCCAUAAAUUCUUUUGUGUCAUUUGGUUAUACUCAGUACCUCAAUUUUGUGCCAAUCAUGCUUGAAAAACCUUUAAAUGUUGACAUGGCGAACGGAGUAACACUAGUAGCUGAUAAAGUUUAUAAAGACUGUAAAUUAGACCUAGAUGAUCAUGAGUUUACGGUUGAUUUGAUUCCAAUAGAUAUCUAUAACUUUGAUGUGGUAAUUGGUAUGGAUUGGUUGACGAAGAACCGAGCAGAUAUCAUUUGCUCACGACGAAUGAUACGAAUUCCGAUGGAAAAUGGAGAAUUAUUAUAUGUCUACGGUGAACGACGAACGAUCAACCUUAAGGCAAUAUCUGUACUCAAGGCUAGACAUUAUUUAUCUAAAGGAUACUCGUCUUUCUUAGCAUAUGUCAUAGAUUCAUCAAAGGAGAUGAAGAAGAAGACUCUGGACAAUGUACCCAUAGUACGUGAAUACCCGGACGUGUUUCCUGAAGACUUGCCUGGAUUGCCACCAGAUAGGCAAGUGGAGUUUAGAAUCGACUUGAUACCGGGUGCAGCACCGAUAGCGAAGACUCCUUAUCGUCUAGCGACUCCAGAAAUGAAAGAAAUGAUGAAACAACUACAAGAGCUAUUGGAUAAAGAUUUCAUAUGA